CACCAACCCAUUUUGUAAUCUGGCAUCGUUCGAAGGACCAUGGACGAGCCAAGCGUUGAUAGUCGUCCUCAGAAGCGAGUCAAGCUGGACGACGAUCAAGUUCCCGCAGUAAGCCAAGACGGCCAGGAUCUUGCUGCAACUCAGAACGGCUUGGAUGUCGUGAGGAUGGCUGACACGCUCACCGUCGAUGACAGCACCAAGGAGCUGCAGGUAGGUAUCACUGCUUUUGUUGACCCUGUACGAGGUGUCUUCAAGGGGGUCCUGAAAAAGAGAUAUACCGAUUUCCUUGUCCAUGAAAUCUUGCCGGAUGGACGUGUUUUGCAUCUCCAGAGCAUGGACGCGGACUCUUCGCUUGUCUCUCCCGGCUCAGCCCAAAACGAGCCAAACACAGGUGACGCCAACAAGGACGCGGUCAUGACUGAAGCUACAGUAAUAAACGAUGAGACAGUGCAACCGUCAGGUGGUCAGGGGAAAGGGAGAGCCGAAGAAAGAGCCGAAGACGAUCCUGAGGGAAACAGCAAAGACGUGAAAUCAGAUGUGUCCGACGACGACCGAGCCAAGCUGGUGGAGUACUUCAAAGAAGAAGCUGUCGUCCAGCUAAUAUCACUCUACGAAUCGAUUCUUCGUCACCCGAAAAUGAAGACUCGUGAUCAUCCCACUGUCCGCGCGGAUUUCACCUCGGAUCGCAACGUCCGAUCACAAAUUCACCAGGAUAUCCGUCGUAUAUUUCACGGCAAGAUCGACUCUUCUACCGACAAUGAAGGAGUGCUGGUCCUCACCGCCGUGGCGAACAACAAUCGUGGCAGAGACGGACGGCAAUGGAGCAAACCCCUCGACAAGGGCGUACGGCCAGGAAAGCUAGGAUGGCUUGACCGAGGAGGCGAAUUCGUCCAUUUCACGUUGUACAAGGAGAACAAAGACACAUUGGAGGUCAUCUCUUACAUGACAAAGCAGAUCAAAACGAACAACAAAACCUUUCAGUUCGCGGGGACGAAAGAUCGACGAGCUGUCACAGUGCAGAGAUGCAGCGCGUAUCGUGUGGAGGCUGAGCGCUUGGCGCGAUUGAAUCGAUCUUUGCGAUAUGCCGCGGUUGGAGAUUUCAAGUAUGAGCAGCACGGUCUCGGACUCGGUGAUCUUAGUGGGAACGAGUUUGUGAUAACCUUGCGCGACUGCAGCCUCGCAGGCUCAGAGGAUCUGGCUGUCGCCGACAAGAUAUUGGCAGCUCAGACGUACUUGUCCGAGUCACUUCGGCAGCUCCGGGAAAAAGGGCUCUUGAAUUACUACGGCCUACAGCGUUUUGGUACCUUUGCUCAACGAACUGAUGUCGUGGGUGUGAAGAUUCUUCAAGGCGAUUUCAAAGGCGCAUGUGACGCUAUCUUGGAUUUCUCGCCCGUGGCGCUACAGGACUCCGAGUCAUUACCGCCUGGCGUUCUGGUCGGCCAAGAUGAUCGAGCACGGGCCGAAGGUAUCAACUUCUGGAAGACGACUGGCAAGGUUGGCGGUGCUCUGGACAAGAUCCCGCGCAAAUUCUCCGCAGAAACGGCGCUGAUCAGACAUCUGAGCAAGAAUAAGCACGACCAUCUCGGAGCCUUGAUGUCUAUCCAGCGAAACUUGAGGCUGAUGUACGUCCAUGCUUAUCAGUCCUAUGUCUGGAAUCUUGCUGUAGGCAAGCGAUGGCAAUUAUCUGGCGAGUCUGUUGUCGAAGGUGACCUCGUGCUGAUCCAGGAACAUAAGGACAAAGAAGUGCAAAAGGAGGCGGAGGAAAAGGUAGAUGCGGACGGAGAGAUCAUCAUCCAACCAGGGGACGACGACCGGGCAUAUGAUCCCGACGACGUAUUCGAGCGUGCGAGAGUGCUCACUGCCGACGAAGCUGCCAGUGGGAAGUAUUCGAUCUUCGAUAUCGUCUUGCCAUUACCAGGCUAUGAUGUGCUCUAUCCGGCCAAUGCGUGCGGAGAGUGGUACAAGACGUUCAUGGCAAGUGAAGAUGGAGGACAUCUUGAUCCAUACGAUAUGCGCCGCAAGCAGAGGGAUUUCAGCCUGAGUGGUGGAUAUCGUAAAAUUCUGGCCAGGAUCGGCGAGGAUUUCGAUGUGCAGGUGCAAGAGUACGUUGAUGAAAACACUCAGUUCGUCGAGACGGACAUGGACCGGCUCAAGCGCAAGACUUCGAGGGCAGAUGGAGCCAGUGGAACUGUAAAGGAAGGCGAAGGCAGCGGAGCUUCUGAUGGUCAACAGCCGAAACUCGCCGCUGUGCUCAAGUUCCAGCUUGGCUCGAGCCAGUAUGCGACGAUGGCGCUGCGAGAACUGUCGAAGGGAGGCAUCCGGGCUUACAAGCCAGACUUUAUGGGCGGGCGAUGAGUGAAUUCUCGGAUUAGUGGAUCAACACAGGGCCAGACCUUGACUGCAUUUCCAGGACAUUGCCGCCGGCUGAAACUCUUUACAAUGGACUGGUGCUGCAAAUUACGAAUUGGAUGAUCUUCUCUAUCCAACUUGCCAGUCUAAUCAGUCGCCAGCCGGCCUGAUCAUGACUGAGCUUGUCCCAAUGCAACCAGUCUAUGCAAAUCAGCACAGUACAAACAUGCUCAUCUUCACUUGGGGAUAUCCCUCAUCAUGGACGACCCUCAAUUCAUUCAUGCCACUCCGACCAUUUGAUAACCAGCCUUUCUUUUCCAUCUUCUUGGAUGCCCCU